AUGUCUAACUUAUUUGAUCCAUCAACCGAAAUUUUUACCUCUUUAUAUAAGUUCUUAAAAAACACAUCAUUAGAUAAAAUUACUAUUUCCAAUAUAAUUACUCAACAGUGGGAAUGUUUCAAAAUUCAGACCGAAGAAGAAGAUAUCGAAUGCAUCAUGGAAAUCAUAAAAAAAAUAGAUGAUGAAAUUGUCGAUAAAGAAUGUAAACGACAUCUUAAAUCAUUGCAAAAUAUUGAUAAG